AGGAGAGGAGAGGAGCAGACCGGGAGCGCAGCGGCAGGAGUCUCAACACACAACGGGAUGCGGUUCGCGAUCUCUGCUGCUUGAAUUCUAAUUUCGUGUAACCUAAAUCCGCAAAGUUUCCCUUCCGCGAGAGAGCGAGAAACCCCCGGCAGAGGACCGCUUCGGAAAAUUUCGUGGCGGCGUCCCUCGGUUUCGUUCCUCCCGACUGAACCGAACCGCUCCGCAGCCGAGGUUGAUGACAGUCUAACCGGGAGACGGGAGGACGAACAAGACAUCUGCAGAUGUGUGUGUGCAGCCGAUGCGCAGCGCAGCGCAGACGGUGAAGUUGUUUUCCUGGAAAGGUACUGGCGCCCUUGCUGUUGCUUAGCAACAAAGUGAGCCCAUGAGAGUUGACGUCUUGGAAGAUUCUGACCGCCUGUCCGGAAACGGCGCUCUUCGGAUGUUCUGGGGAAGUUUGAGCGUCCGUCAGAACCUGGAAGACCCCUGCCAAUUUGAUGUGUGAACGCACCCAGCGAUAAUGGCCCAGAGGACACACAGUGGACGUAAGUGUACAGCAGAAGCAGACGUGUUCAUGUGUCCCGUCCAUGCCACCCGACGCAGUCUCUCGUACAAACGCAUCUGAACUUCUCAAGGAAGGAGAUAAGAGGCAGCUCAGGGAAGCGUCGGUCCAUCCUCCCAGCUCGGAGCGAUACGCUCACACCUUCAGAGACCUCAGUAACUUCUCUGGAACCAUUAAUGUCACAUACCGCUAUCUCGCCGGAACGCCUCUGAACCGCAAGAAGUUCCUGACCAUUGGAUUGUCAUCGGUCAAGAGGAAAAGGGGAAACUACCUUCUGGAGACGAUCAAAUCCAUCUUUGACCAGUCCAGCUAUGAGGAGCUGAAAGAGAUUGUGGUUGUGGUCCAUCUGGCGGAUUUUGACCUGGUCUGGUGUGAGAACGUGGUGCAGGAAAUCACCAGGAAGUUCGCUCACCACAUCAUAGCCGGCCGCCUCCUGGUCAUCCAGGCCCCGGAGGAGUUCUACCCUUCUCUGGAUGGCUUGAAGAGGAACUACAACGACCCGGAGGACAGAGUCCGUUUCCGCUCCAAGCAGAACGUCGACUACGCUUUCCUCCUGAACUUCUGCACGAACCUGUCGCACUUCUACAUGAUGCUGGAGGACGAUGUGCGCUGCUCCCGGAACUUCCUGACGGCGCUGAAGAAGGUGAUAACCUCCAGAGAAGGCUCCUACUGGGUGAUGAUGGAGUUCUCCAAGCUGGGCUACAUCGGGAAGCUGUACCACUCCAGAGACCUGCCCCGCCUGGCUCACUUCCUCCUCAUGUUCUACCAGGAAAUGCCUUGCGACUGGCUGCUUAUCCACUUCCGGGGCCUGCUGGCUCAAAAGGACGUGAUCCGCUUCAAGCCCUCGCUGUUCCAGCACAUGGGCUACUACUCGUCCUACAAAGGCGUGGAGAACAAACUGAAGGACGACGACUUUGAGGAGGACUCCAUAGACAUCCCAGACAACCCCCCGGCCGGCAUUUACACCAACAUCAACGUCUUUGAGAACUACGACGCUACCAAGGCGUACAGCACGGUGGACGAGUACUUUUGGGGGAAACCUCCCUCCACCGGAGAUUUCUUCGUCAUAGUCUUUAACAAAUCAACCAAAAUUAGCAAAAUUAGGAUUGCUACCGGGUCUGACGAACGACAAAGCGACUUCCUUCACCACGGAGCGCUGGAAGUAGGAGAGAAGUUGGUCGGGACUAAAAAAGGAAAGCAGUGCUCCUCUUACAUCACAUUAGGAGAGUUCAAAAAUGGAAACAUCGAGGUUCAAGACGUGGACCACAAGAUUUCGUUUGACGUUGAGUGCGUUCGCAUUGUGGUGACAGCCAGCCAAAAAGAAUGGCUCAUUAUCAGAAGUAUCAGUUUAUGGACUACACAACCACCCAGCCAAUGAGAACUACACACAACCUCUCUUAGUAACCCAUACAGGCUGUUUUUAUUAUUAUUAUGUUUUCUAGGUUUAAUUUAUUCAUUUUGUAUGUAUUUAUUGAUUCUUCCUGCCAAAUGAGUCUGUGUUUUUAUACUUAAACGUUGUAACCUUAGUGGACCAUUUUCAGUCAUCCUCAAGGAUUUCUGAUCUAACCUCAAUGUAUUGAAUAAUCAUAGCUUAUUCUUCAUAUGGUAGUAUUUGUAUAACAACCAUACUUUACCAAAACCUGAUUACAGGAAAGAGACGUAGCGUAAAAGUGAGUAAUUUGGGCUUUUGUUGAGUCUUUUCUUUGUUGUACCAACGUUUCUUGACAAUAACUUUUAUUGUCAAGCCAGACUUUGGAAAGUCUGACUAUUUCCUCUUUAAUGGAAAGAUUGAGGAUGAGCACAGAAAACAUUUGUGAGACGCUCCGAGGUGGUGUGGCAGUAUCUCCGUCAUAGGAAAUACAGAGCCUGGCCAUCAUUUGAGCCGGACGACGAUCAAAAUGAGGUUCUGACACAAAUUGGCUAUUUCGUAUCUGAACAGUUUGAGAUCAAAGUCUUUCCUCCAACAUGGCCGUGUUCGCCCUUACACAGCGGGGCUCGACCCAACUCCAUUGAGCUCUAGUGGGAAUCAGAUUUUGGUAUGCUGUUUGUGGGACCAUCACAAGCUGGUUGACUGACUUAUGACAAAUACUGGUGUGUAAAUGGGAUGGGAUGGCACAACACAGUGUGAUAAGGCUGGUGAGGAUCAUGAAGAGAAGGUGUGGUGGUGUACAGUUCACCCAUCCACUGCAGAGGCACCUGAUGGUUAAAUGAAUACACUCUUAUUUAAUUAACAGUAUGUCUUGUUUUUUAAACUUCAAUCAUCCGUCUCAAUAAAUGUCACCAAAAUAAAUCUCAAUACCAGAACCGGUUGUUUAUGACAAGUAUUAGGGCCAUACAAAGAAAACAUUUUUAAAAAUUUAAUUACGACAAUAGUCUUAUUACGAGAAUAAACUCAUACGAGAAUAAAAUCAUACUGCAGGAAUAAAGUCUACAUAAUAUAAUAAUGUCAAUAUGAGAAUAAAAUCAUAUAUUUUGACAAGUCAGAACAUUAUGAGAUUAGAGUUGUAAUAUUAUGAUUUUUUUCUUGUAAUACUAUAACUAUAUUUUCAGAAUUUUAUAACUUCAUGCUUGUGAGUUUAUUCUUGUAAUGUUAUGACUUUAUUGAAUAUUAUCAUCCUAAUCUCACAAUGUUAUGACUUUAUUCUUGUGAUUUAAUUUUUUCUUAUUUUCUUAGCGUGACCCUCCGUCGUCGUUGUCUGGCAUUGAUAGAAAUGAUUUUCUCUGAUGCAACCCACACACUCCUCCCUGCUGCUUAACACACAAAUGUACUUUCCUUACAUUUAAAGAGACUUUUUAAACGAUUUAUUACCAAGAUACAUUGUUACAACAAAGAAAUGAUCAUCUAAACACAAUUUUUAUUACUUUUUGAAUUUAUUUUCCAAUACUCUGGCUACAAUUAUAACCCACUACCAGUGAAGAUCCAAUGGAAAUAAAAACCAGUAAUAACCACAGAGGAAUGGGGCAAGUGGCAAAAGGAACAACCUUUUAUUAUGGCACGUGAAUGCAUCAAUGUUAGAAAAAUUGUGGAUUUUAUUCUUAAAUUUAAAAAAAGUCCUGCACAACAUCUCAAGCUAAUGUUGGUAAGAAAUCCAUAAACAUAACAUGCGUCUAGACUACAGAACGAGGUACAGCAAAGUUGUCUUUGGUCUCAUUGUUCUUUCUUCAGAUUGGGUCAAAAUAUUGAGAAAGUAAAACUAAUCUGAUAAUCUGAGUGAACCAACAAGAGUAGAGUCAGAUGGAAGUUUUCUUUUGCUUUGUGGCUGAAGAACAAUAUCUGGUCGAAAAUGGAAGCGGAGAUGGUCAAGAGGUUGGCAAGAAAAAAAAACAUGAACAAGUUCAUUUGAACCACUGGUGCAACUGAUUUGAAAUAUUUCAAUCUGACACAACUUGCUGACUGCAGUCGAGUCCAGUCUGUGGGAGAGGCUGCCAUGGUAAGAAUGUGGCUUGUGCGUUAACGUAAGGCGCCUAAACUUUCUAAUACGCAACAUUAGAAAGUUGCAGCAAUUGUUCUGUGUUGGUGUUGGUAAUGAAGGUAUGUGUCGUGUGUGUUGGGUGGAGGGAGUUUGUUUUUUUUUCUGUGAAUUUGAACUAAGGAAUUCUGACUUCUCGGUUUAAAUGCUAAGCUAGCUGCCGCUAGCAAGUCAUUAGCAGCGUUUCCAUUACAAAUGUGCACAAAACUUUGUCUAUAUUCCGCUCAUGUGGAAAAAACAAAAUUUUGCAAUUGCUCCAUUUCUAUUAAACAGGAAACACAAAAUCACUCAUGAAUAAGUUUGUUUACUCAGUAAGUCAUUACAAAACGCACCACACCUUCAUCCUCGACUACUUCUUGUCGUCUUCUUCUUUGUGGUUUACGCCAACAUCUAAUUGCUGAUUUAUGUGAAUUGUCUGAAGCAAAAAGUGCUUCUAUUGCAGUUUUGCCAAAUAAACCAAUUUGGAUACGGCUGA